AUGAGCGAUCCUUUAUACUCAAGACAGAGUCGGACCGUGUUUGAGACCCAAGACAGGGUAGAAGUCACUCAAGACAGAGUGCAACGGACCGUAACUGAGACCCAAGGCAGGGGAACAGUGACUCAAGACAGAGUCGGUCCGUGGUUGGGACCCAAGACAGGGAAAACAACCAUGAGAAAGAACAGUAAUGGAAAGAAAGAGAAGCCUCCGGUCUGCGACUCGGACUCGAGCGGGAACGAGGAGGAGACCGGGAGGAAGAGAGUUACGGUAGAGGAGCGCAACCAUAUUGUGAAGCAUUGUGUGGGAUAUGAGUCUAAGGGUUUUGAUGACAUCUUUGCCCAUGCCAAACACGCAGAGACAGUGCAGAAGGAGAAAAAGCGCAGCAAAGCUACCUCCAUUAUGUAUACAGGGGAACAAGAGACUCUUACAUUUGUAGUGGACAAACCCAGGAGGAGCGGAAAGGGAAAGGGUGGAUACCAAGGAAAAAGAGAUUACAGAAAGUUAGGACAAGACGAGGAUAAGCAAGAAUGUUGGGAGAAAGGCCUGUGUUUUAUAUGCAGGAAGGCAGGACAUCUUAUGGCUGAAUGCCCUAAGAAGAGAGGGAAACCAGACAAGUCUAAAGGAAAGAAGCGAGAAGAGAGAGCAGCGGAGAGUAGUGACAGUGAAGCAUGA